AGAUUGAUAGUAUUUAAUGUGAAGAUACAUUCUUGUUGAAUAUAUUUAGCAUGGCGAGAUAUUUGAGACCUCCUAAUACAUCUCUUUUCAUCAGAAACAUUUCCGAUGAAUCAAGAAAAUGUAAAGGCAUCCAGUUGUUGUGGAGCCCGUCACAGAGAAAGAGUAAGAAUGUCCGGUGUAGAGUAGAUCUAAAGACAAGCCGCAAAAGACCGCCAGGAUGCAAGAAACAGAGAGGGAAAGGUUGAAAAAGAGAAUUUAAAGCUUGAAGAGACAAAGAGGAAAAAGAGGGGACGGAGUCAAGGCUCGGAUAUGUCGUCAAAUGAAAGAGGAAAAGGAAAGAGGUUAAAGGGCAAAGACAAGCAGGAAACCCAAGUUCUUCUGGGAGGCGGUUAAAGAGCUUAAAGAUCAAGAUGAAAGUCAAAGUCAAGCAUGUUUAAGGUAAUAAAAAACGGAAUUCUUUUCACGUUUGAAGAUGUUCGCGACGCAGAAGACGCUCUUCAUAACCUGGACAGGAAGUGGGUGUGUGGUCGACAAAUUGAAAUCCAGUUUGCGCAGGGAGACCGAAAGACACCCAAUCAGAUGAAAGGAAAGGAGGGAGGAUCUUCACGCAGCUCAUCGCGGCACGACGACCGGGAAUAUGACCGUGACAGUCGGCGGAGGCGCUCUCGCAGCCGUAGCUAUCAAAGGCGCCGGUCACGCAGCCCGUCCUACGAGCGCCGUCCGCGACGCUCUGAGAGCCCCAGAGACUCCCGCGGACGGAUGUAUGGUGGUCGAGGAAGAAGCAGGAGUCCAGAAAACGACAGGCACAGACCCCCCCCACGUGACCACCGAAGGCCCCCUCCUGGCCACUCUCCCCACAGCCAGUCGCGCUCCCCAUCCCCUUCUCACUCCAGAGCCAGGCCCCGUGCACAGAGGGAGUCCAGAGGAAAGUCUCGUUCCCGCUCCAAAUCACUGAGCCCCCGGGACGGUGACUUCCACCCGGCCCCUGGUGGCUAUGAGCCACAGGAUGAGGCUUCAUCUCGUAUGCGCUCUCCGUCCCGCUCGCGUUCUCGCUCCCUCUCACAGUCCCGCUCUCGCUCCCGUUCCUGGACUGGACGCAAGUCAGGAGGACACUAAAAACCUGUGUGGGAUUUUUUUUUAGCGUAGCUGUGUCCGAAGUGGUUUGCUGGGUAAUUGAUUGUUUAUGGAAAGGAAAUUGGUUGGUUUGUGAAAAAUGAUCUUAUUAUUUUUUUAAAUAAGGAUGACAAGAGAAAAUGUUCUGUAUGAACAUCAGUCCCAUAGAUGUCAGUUUUGUUUUUAUAUGACCAGUUUAUAUAACCUCUGUUUCUAGUCAUUUCAUCAUGUUAGUGUUAAGCCAUUUCAGGACACCCAGGGCUAGAAGUACUUUGUGGGCUGGGCUUGAGGUUGGGAUUCAAUCUGAUACCAGUGGAUCUUUGAAAUGGCAUGUUUGACUUUCAAUGGUAAUUUCCAAAUGAGUAUGCGCAUGCAGUGUUUAUACUGUGAAUGUGGUUUUCUGGUAACACUGGAACAUUGUUUUUCUGAAAGGUGCAUAGCCAAAAAGGAUUUGGAUUUGUUCCCUAUCUGAUCCAUUUUAGUUUAACAUCCCUUAAAUUCACAUUCUCUUCUAUACUUUGUGAAGAGGAAGAAUUAAAAUUUUGUUUACUUUCUGACAUAACUGAAUUGUACCUGUCCACCUUGAUUAAAAUCCUUAUUUUGAUGGUCUUGUUAA